AUGCAGAACCACGUGUCUCCGACCAGAUAUCUUUCACCAAAACGGAAGCGAGGCGGCGAAGAUUCCCUACUUGGAGAUGCUCCAGCUCCCUCACGCCUUAGAACCACCAAUCUACCUACGAGACCUCUGCUCGAGCACGGCUACUCUAACGAAGGCAGCCCUCGAGCAACCGUUGCUGGGCACCUACAAAACCUGGACCUGCAGGAACAUAGUCCCAUUUCAGUACUGGAUUUUGGUAUACCUGUUGAAUCUCAAAUGAGCCACUCAAAGACUGGCCUUCAUUCGGGCGGCUUCAAUCCUAAUAUCAUCCUUCCAAACCAGACAUACAAUGCUCCGAUAACCCCACCACCAAGUUCCAAUGGCCGUUUUACAACGUGGGCGCCAUCUGGAAUACAGGACAAACCUUCAGUAACGCCUCUCGAGAUUCCAGAAACCCCUCGAUUACGCCCUGUAUCCUCGCCUACACCUCCCUCAUCCGCAAAAAAGUCGAGGUCGCCUCCUCCUCUGUCUCCAACGCUUUGGUGGCAUGACGAAGAGAUCACGGGUCACGACCCUAGUGACCCUACCGAUGACGGCUACGGUAUCAAUGGCGUUGGCUUCCUACCUACGCCGGCAAUAGCGAAUGCUCGAGCUGAACGGCGAAAGAAGCAGGUUGCAGAGUGGAAGAAUAGAGAAGCGAGGGAGGCGAGGCAAAAGAGAGGCGAUAGGCGGAGGAGGAGAGACCUAGGGCCUGGAUCCUCAGGCAAUGGCACUAAUCAUGGGAGCACUGGCGUGAGGGCGAACGAGAGUCGGAAGGUCCGAUUUCUGGAAAUCUAG